AUUUUUUUCAACUAAUAUGUAAUUAAUGUUUAAUCAUUCUUAUUCCUGACGAUGCAUGUUUGUUCAGGUCACCUGUUUAAUUUGAAUACCCACUCCUUUGGCCCAGUACAUUCACCGAUAUAAAAAGCAUUGACUGUUAAAUGAAGUUCUUAACAGAUAAACAAAAGUGUUUACUUUAGUUCUUCGUAAUUCUCUUUCGUUUUAACGAGUAUUUUAAGGAUUCUACAUCGUGCAACUCUUUUGAAAUGCAUUCGUGUUUUCUACUAUCACAGAAAUAAAAGGGAGCCAGUUGUGAAAUAAGUUUUUAAUUGUUCUAUAGUUUUGCUUUAGGCGCUUUUAUUUCACUAAUGUUUUACAGUAUCUAAGUGGAUUGCAGCGUAUAAAGCCUCAACAAACUCCUGUUAACGGACACGGCAGACACUGAAAAAAUUUCUGAAAUAGCACAGUUGGGGCCCUGUCUGUUUGUUGGGCAGUCCUCUGACUGUUCACUAAGCUGGAGAUGGACACUACUGCAAGCCUCAAAGCUCCACCCACUCUUUCAAGCUCCACUCCUUUCCACGGCAGCUUAGUGCUCUGCGUCAUUGUGCUUGUGCAGUUGCUGUUUGUCAGCUGUCUGAAAAAAGCAAGACAGCUGCAUGGCAGUUUGUGCAAGUGAGAAUUCUAGCUUGCACACAAAAACUGGUCAAAAAACCAACCGAGGACUAAUUCACUUUCAUUUGAUAUGUUCAAAAUGUACUAUCAGAGUAACUCCAAAGAUUUAGAAAUAAACACUGUGGCACUUUGGAACAAGAUUCAUGUUGGCUAAAGGACUGAAGCGCAAGCUUAGUGAUUACGAAGAAAAUAUGGCUGGUGUUCCUGGUGCCUUUGAUUCUAACCCAGGGCUGCCCUACACUUUGCAGAGACAGUUGGUACUUAAUAUGUGCCUUAUCAAAUUGCAAAGCUGUCGGAUGCUGGUGGAACCAAACUUGCACCGUUCUGUCCUUAUCGCAAAUACUGUUCGGCAGAUCCAGGAGGAAAUGAGGCAAGAAAGCAGUCAAGAAGGAUCUAAUAUCUGCAGUGGAACAAGCCCAGUUCCAGACUCAUAUACAGCAUCUCAGGCCAGUAUUGAAUUAACUGGAACACCAUCAACCAUUCAAAACAGUUCUCUGGAUUUGAAUAUUUCUUCAGAUUUUUCAGAAAAUCAGAUUGAGAACUCUCUAGUAGUUGUUUCAGAUGAUGACAUGUCAUCCGCCAUUUCAUCAAUCCUUAAAGAUUUGGAUUUCAUGGAGGAUAUUAGCCCAUCUCCUUGUCCUGCACCUGCAGGUGAAGAUGACCCAAAUUCAGACAUUUCUUUGGCAGACAGACCACAAGAAACUAGGCCUGCAGAAACUGUGUUUGGCUCUUUUGAAAUCACAAAUUCAACGAGUUACCUAACAGAUCUUGCUUUUGAUGACAUAUUUGAAGACAUUGACACGUCCAUGUAUGACUCAGAUCUGUGCUUACUUCCAUUAACACCUGCUAGAACACCACCAGCUAGCGUGGAUGAUGUUUCAAAACCCUUUCAGUUAUGCAACUCUGCGUCAGUGAACACCAUUCAGAUCUGCAGAGUAGAUUUGAGUGACCUGGACCAUAUCAUGGAAAUUCUUGUAGGAUCCUAAUUCAUCACUGGGGUGUUGCAGAAUUUUGUGUGCUUGUCUUCCGAAUUAAUUAUAACAACUAUAGCUGUACCAUUAGAGAUGGAAACAGCCAGUAUAAUAGCUAGCUGUGUUCAUUGGAGGGUUUAAGUAAUUUUCAACUUUUUAAAUAUUUUAAGAAGUUGGAAACAAAAUGCUACAGCAAGAACUCUGGUACUUAGCAUGUGAAUUAUGGCAGAAGAACUGUUGGCUAGUAAUGAUAACUUCUGGUUUGCUAUGCACAAAUGUGCCCUUAACCACUUGGGUUAUUUUUUUAAUGGGAUAAGAUUGUUUUUAAGAAAUGAAUGAACUGCUGAAACAUGUUGAACAUUAACUUAAUCAACUAAACCUUUAAUAGAGACUGAAUAGUAUUUUGUGUUUCUGUACAUCUUUUUAAUAGUUAUGGUUUUCAGCAUUUAUAUCUGCAGUGUGAGAGGAACUAAUUAUCUGAAGGACAUUGUUAGCAGGUUUAUUCUAUUGACUAAAGCACACAGUAUGUUUUAUUUCCUUACAGAUGUUUUAUAUGGUAUUCUUGAACCAACAAAGACACCUUUAUCAAAGGUUACAAAAAUGUUUUAUAUGACAUUUAAACUAUUUAUUUUUUUAGAAUUUUAUACUCUAAAUCUCUAUGUUUGAUGUUUGUCUUAUUUGGUUUUUAGUUCCAGUCUGGCAGGCUUUGCUGUUGGAUUUGACUUACACUACCUCUCCUAAGAUCUAACAAUAAAGCUUUGGUUUUUUAAAAAAAA